UACAUCGACGUGUUUCACCACAUUUUUGUUCAUACUGAUCGCUUCAAAAUGGCCUGCGUUGAUGCAAGAUAUUGUUAGAUCCAAACUUGAUGAAUAUGUUGAUAGAAAUAUUAUAACAAAGUGCAGGAUAACUUGCUGUAUCUUUAUUGGUAUGGCUUUGAUGGAACACUUCUUAUCGAUAUUAUCAAGAGUGGCCCGAGUGAUAGAAUGUUCACAAAACGAAACAGACCACGGAGAGGUAUUUGUGAAGGUCACAUCUCCUUGGUUGUAUGAUUUGAAUGUACCAUACGUUGUUGCAGUCGCUGUCAUGGUCCAGUACGUGAAUUUAAUAACGACAGCGAACUGGAACUACUCGUACAUAUUCAUCGUAUGUGUUAGCACGUAUCUGUCUUCGAUAUUGAACCAAAUUAAUAAGAAGAUCGAGUUGGAAGCUCAGAAGACUCACGUGCCAGCAAAAACCUGGAUCAAUCUAAGGGAGGAUUACACACGCGCGACGCACUUAGUCAAGCGAUUCGAUGACGUCAUCAGCGGGAUUGUGCUCGUGACGUACGCAAAUGAUCUGUUCUUCAUAUGUCUGCAGCUUUAUAAUGUGCUCUCGAACAUGUCGAAAGCGGCUCAACUCGUCAAUAAAUUGUGUCCUGAUCAAGACGGGACUUUUCGAGCCUAUUCCUACCCUGCGUACCUGAUAUACUCAGUACUCUAUCUUUUAGUAAGAUUUCUGACUGUAUCCAUAGUGGCAUCGGGAGUGAAUACAGCCUCCUUGCUACCCACUCCCAUUCUUUAUGGUAUACCGACCACAGCGUAUACUAAAGAGGUGGAAAGGUUCCAGAACCAAGUGAACGGUGACGUCGUUGCACUCAGCGGUCUGCACUUUUUUUACAUCACCAGAGAUCUCGUUCUUCCUGUUGCAGGCACCAUAUUGACAUACGAACUCGUACUUUUCCAAUUCAGCAGCGACGAAUUGAACAAGAACUAGAAAUAGACAAAAACUACACAAUUUAAUUAUGUAUUACAGAUACCUAAU